CCGCACCCCGGCCGCCCGUCUUCCCCUCGGCGGCCCCCCGGCUCGCGCUAAGCAAACGCCCUCCCUCCCACGCCGCGCACCCGCGAGGCAAGGACCCGCGCUACCUGUUCCGCUCUGGUCGGCGCCAGGAAGCCGAGCUCAUAAGAUUGAGAAAUCUUCACUGAAGAUGUCUAAGCAACAACCAACUCAGUUUAUAAAUCCAGAAACUCCUGGCUAUGUCGGAUUUGCGAAUCUUCCCAAUCAAGUUCACCGAAAAUCAGUGAAAAAAGGUUUUGAGUUCACACUAAUGGUGGUCGGUGAAUCGGGUCUAGGAAAAUCAACUCUCAUAAACAGCCUAUUCCUGACUGAUCUCUACCCAGAAAGAAUCAUACCUGGAGCCGCAGAGAAAAUUGAAAGAACUGUCCAGAUUGAGGCUUCGACUGUGGAGAUCGAGGAGCGAGGGGUCAAGCUGCGCUUGACAGUGGUGGACACGCCCGGCUACGGGGAUGCCAUCAACUGCAGGGACUGUUUCAAGACAAUCAUCUCCUACAUCGACGAGCAGUUUGAACGGUACCUGCAUGACGAGAGUGGUUUGAACCGGCGGCACAUCAUCGAUAACAGGGUGCACUGCUGCUUUUACUUCAUCUCACCCUUCGGACAUGGACUUAAGCCCUUAGACGUCGCAUUCAUGAAAGCAAUACACAAUAAGGUGAACAUCGUGCCCGUCAUUGCCAAAGCUGACACCCUCACCCUGAAGGAGCGGGAGCGCUUGAAGAAAAGAAUUCUGGAUGAAAUUGAAGAACAUAACAUCAAAAUCUACCACUUACCUGAUGCAGAAUCAGAUGAAGAUGAGGACUUUAAAGAGCAAACCAGACUUCUCAAGGCCAGUAUACCGUUCUCUGUGGUUGGAUCCAAUCAGCUGAUUGAAGCCAAGGGCAAGAAGGUCAGAGGCCGCCUGUACCCGUGGGGUGUUGUGGAGGUGGAGAACCCGGAGCACAACGACUUCCUGAAGCUGCGGACAAUGCUCAUCACCCACAUGCAGGAUCUCCAGGAGGUGACCCAGGACCUUCACUACGAAAACUUCCGUUCUGAGAGGCUCAAGAGAGGCGGCAGAAAAGUAGAAAAUGAGGACAUGAAUAAAGAUCAGAUCCUGCUGGAGAAGGAAGCAGAGCUCCGCCGCAUGCAAGAGAUGAUCGCAAGGAUGCAGGCUCAGAUGCAGCUGCAGAUGCAGGGUGGGGAUGCUGACGGUGGGGUCCACGGGCACCACGUGUAAGAUAACGAAGACGCUUUGCAAGAUACAGAAGAUACAGAGAACAUUCCGCAUGAGUAUCACGACUGCGUGUUUCCGAGCGAUCAUUGGAGGGGGGGUGCCCAUCCACAUUUUACAGUACCUGUGCCUGAGAAUUUAGUUUUUUUUAAACUUUCUAUGUGUUUUGUAUGAAGUACUUUUAACAUUUCUAUUUCAUUGCUUUGUUAUACUUUAUAUUUUGUGAGGUGAACCUUCCAUUUUCAUUUUUCUUCCACCUUAACUAACCACUGAUGUUGGAACUGAUUUCCAGGAUCAGUCCGUAUGUAUAAUUAACAUUGAAUUUCUUUGAUUUGGCUGGCCUAACUGAAUAAUUGUCGAGGAGCACUCUUGAUUUCAUUUCUAGAACAUUCAGAUUUAGCCAGCAUGUGCCUGGGUGCUAGUGAUGUGGCCCCAGUGAUAGAGAGAGGUGAGCUGGCAUCUGCAGGGCAUUUACUUACCAGGUCACCAACAUGGAGAUUCUCUCUUGCUUUGCUUUGCUUUGAGCACAACAUCUGAAACCAGUUUUGCUGCUAUAAUCCAAUACUGUUAACUCCUGCACACUUACUUUUUUUACCAAGUAAAACAACAGAAUUAUCUAAUAUGUGUAUACUAAAAUAGCUCUUUUAAAAACAGGCGGUUUGCUUCAAAAUUUAAGACGUCUCUGGAUUCUGAUGCUAGGUCAUUUUUUAAACUGCUCUGCAGAGAACCUGCCACAAACCACGUUUUGUCGCGUUCCCCACUGAUGCUGGUUACACUCCGCCGUGGACAGCAAGAGUCUGUGAACUCCAGUUUUCAUGUUACAACGUUCUUACCCAUACAGAGAGCGCCAAUAGAUGAUUUUUACUCAACUAACAUGAAAAAUUACUUUUUUAAGGAAAAUUUAGAAACCAGCUUUUUUAUGCUUUUUUACAGCACUCUGAUGUGCUUUCUGUAACUACAGGUGUACGAGAUCUUCCUGAGCCGUGAGCGUCGGGGUCCUUGGUGGAAAGCCCUCUGAACCCAGACCUGGCCUGAGGCUCAUGGCCCCAUGAUGCCUGAAUGCCAACCAGGUUUUCCUGAUUUGGCUUUCCUUUAACUGGUUCUUUAAAAUUUUUAAUAGUUUUCUGAAAGGAGGCAAAUAGCGAUCAUUUUAUAUGGAAACUGUUGUCCGUUUUUAGCCAUUGUCGUGUCCUUCCCUAUAUGUCCUACAAACCUGCCCAUCUGCCAGGUGAAACUAAGAGACCUUUCAAAUCUGCCCCAUGGUCCAACUGCUUAGACGCCACCCAUCAGACCUGUCUUCUGUGCUCUGUGCCCUUGGCCCUCCCCUUCCGUCCAAGGGGCACUGAGGCCCCAGGGCUUGUUAUUUUCAGCAUUUAUACUGACAAUGGGAAACUGGUCCCCAGAAAGUGAUGGGUGAAAGGAGAGCUGAAGGGAGCAGGUGCUGGCGGUGUUUUCAGUUUGCUCUAACAGGAGGAAUAGAGAUGCAGAAAACACCCUGUCUCCCCCCGAGGAUGGGAAGGGUUUUUGUUUGAGUCAGACAAAAUAAAGUGACAUGGUCGAAACGUUUGUCACGGAGGUGGGCUACAGACAGCAAUCAGGUGUCCCAGGAACUUCGUCUUCUCACUGUUGCACCAGCCUUAGGCUUAGGCACAGGUGUACAAAGUUCUAACAGGAGGAAGUGUUCGCUGACGUUAGGGCACCUCCGUACAAAGCCAGUCGUUGGGUUAUUUUGCCUUUAAGUACACUCGUAAAAGGCCCUGUGUGUGUUUGAGUAAAACUACUAGGGCCAGCUGCCACCUGGUAAGUGUAGUGCAGGGGUGGGUGGACCCACACUGUCUCACUUCUAAAUCCCCCUUUGUUUUGCUGCCCAAAUCUAAAUAAAUACUUUUACUGAUAAUUGCUUUUACUAAGAGAUCAUCUUUACUUAUAGAAAUGUAUUUUGAAAACUUACUUUACACGACGAUUUUGUAUUCACUGAAACUAACCUUUUAUCAAUAAAGCACUAUUGUUUGGCUAUUAA